UUUUACUUCCUUGCUGUUUGAAUAUAAUUUUUUUUCAAACAUGGCAAUUAAAAACAUGUAUGUUUUACAAGUUUGUUUGUUUGUUUGUUUUUAGCUCAAAAACUUUGAAAUGACAUGAAAAAAACACUUUGCAGGCUAUGACGACUCCACCUUCCAAUAAAGUUUUUGCAACAACAUGAAUGUACCCUCGCAUUUACGAGUAUACCCUGGGUUGGCAGAGUUAUGUAAACAAUUAUCGAAUUAUAUUGACGAGUCUGGAGUUUCUCGUGAGUUAAAAGAUGACAUAGAAGAGGCCAAAGAAAGCCUCACUUCUAACAAACUGUUCUACAUUCAACAACUGGCGUUAUACACAGAGAUCAAAGAAAUACUUCUUGAGCAUAAUUAUGGCAUCCCUGACCAACAAUACGAUGAUACAAGUUCUGAUAAUGAGGUGUAUCGGCUCCUCUCAGAUUUGAUGAGUACGGAGGAAGCCAAAUCAUGCUUGAACAUCACAAUGAAGGGUAAAACGUCGAAUAUUGCGGAAGAAAAUUUGUUUGGCUUGUCUGUGGAAGAUUUGGAAAUUGAAUCAAGAAAGAAAAAGAUUCUACACGAGAAUAUUCAGCAAAUAUGUAUACCACAGCUUGAAGAUCGGUUGAAAAAAAAGAACUUAGAAUUAUUUAAAUUUUGGAAUCCGUCUAACCAAGAUAGUGAAGGGCUAGCGUUGGCGAAAGCCAACCAACUUUCUAGUGUACUGACGAAGGAGAAGAAGAAGUUGGAAAAAUUGAAAGAGAAGUUAAAGAAAUAUGAAGAAUUGUAUAAAGACACCUUCUACGAACGUUAUGAAGAGAUCGUUCGUUCGUUGAAAGAAGUUGAAACUCAGAUGACGUCACUUAAACAAAAGUCAAACACGGAUGCGACCAAAGUGACGGUGAAUUGGCUGGAAGCGAAGUGUGACUACAUCUUAUUAAAGAUAAGAGUCAUGAAAAACCAUUUGCUCGCUGAGACUUACAACAACGAAACGCUGGAAGCUCUUCAGAAAAUUCGGCAUUAUUUGGAUGAAGAAAUUUCGAAAACACGUGCGGAACACCACCGAACAAAACAGUCCCUUCAAGCAUACCAAUCCGUGGGAGACGUCUUCAAAGACAUGCUCGAACAGUACACGCACAUCACAACGCAGAUCGACAAUAAAAAGUGGGCGCUCUCAGAACUGCAGAAAAGCAAGGACGCGUGAUCAAGUAAACGUUGAAAUCCUAAGAGUCUCAUGUAUUAUAUAUUUAUAUUUUUAUGCAAUUAUUAUUAAAACAUCAAAGAAGAAAAACGAAUCGUUUUAAUAUGUUUUUCAA